UCCACUCGCUCAGCCAAUCAGAUUGUAGCUUUAUGUAACAGGAAGCGAUGCACUGAAAACAAACGCGCUCCACACCCUUUGCAAGUAGUGACAGUACGGUUGACUUGACAGGUGUUGGAAAACGCCUGAGUUCUUCGGUAUCUCGCUCUUACUAGUUUUGACAACCUUCGCUCCAGUCAUGCUGAAAGCUAUGGGACAAGCUCUGUUCUCAACCGGACUGCAGAACCCCAAAUACACAGAAGGAGAGAAGAAAGAGGGACAAGACUAUGAGAUCCGCACAUACCAUGCCACAAACUGGGUGAGCACCACUCUGAGUGGGAUGGAGUGGGACCCGGCCCUCAGUGCAGGCUUCCGCAAGCUCUUCAACUACAUUCAAGGCAGCAAUCAAAACAAGGUCAAAGUGGAGAUGACGGCUCCUGUGUCGUGCCGUGUGGACCCUGGAGCCGGCCCCGCUUGCGAAUCUCAGUUUACCGUUUCCUUCUACAUCCCAGAGGAGCAUCAGGACAAUCCCCCGCCACCGAGCGACCCCGACGUGUUUGUGGAGCACCGGAAAGAGUUCACAGCCUUUGUCAGGACAUAUGGGGGUUACUCCAAUGAGAAAAUGAAGCGUGAAGAGCUUCUGAUUCUUAUUGAAAGCCUGAAGAGGGACGGGGUCCAAUUCAUCGACCAUCCCUUCUACGUAGCCGGGUAUGACAGUCCCUUCAAACUCACCAACCGCAGGAACGAGGUCUGGGUCCUGAAGAAGGAGCCGGAAUAAUACGUUCAAUGUUUACACUAAACUCUCACCACUACAAGCCUUAAAUAAUGAUAUUGUGGAAGAACAAAAAUGACAUGCCCAUUUAACAGUUUAAAAAAAAUCAUAUUCUUAUCAUAGAAGUAUGAGGAACAAAAUUGAAGGUCAUACUGACAACAAACAUUUUGUGUAUUAAUUUGUCUGAUUCUGUGUUGUUUUAUUUCCUUUCACUAAAAGUUACUGAAUUGUACACUUACUGAGGGUCUUGACGAAGACUCCUAACAAACUAUUACAAUAGCUCUGUCUAAAAGGUCGUUAUAAACUAAAAACCCCGGGGGAAAAACUGCAUGCAACAUUUCAAUUUAUCCAGUAGGUGGUGCCAACUAGUCAGAAAACACACCUCUCAUUUGGUGCAUCUUUUCAUGACAAAAAGUGCCUCUUAAUUUUUUGGGGGGGGGUUUGUAUAAUCUUUGUACCUAAAUAGCAAUAUGAAAAUACUGUGCAGAAAGAUGACAUAAAGGAUAGGUUCACAUGUUUGAAUGCAAUAAUUGUAAUGUGAUGGUUCUUCUUGUCUGUAAAGAGAAUGCUUAAUGAUGCGGGACAACUUCUCCACUCCUCGUUCUGUGAACAACUGCAAUCUAAGUUGAGUCAUAACCGAUAUGAGGCUGUAACAGUCAGAGAUGGUGUGGUUCAGCUUCUAUCCUCCAAAUUAAAAGGGUUUGUUUUUGUACAAAAAACCUUAGAAAGACAUCAAUUUGAGUCCAGUGUAGACAAGAGGAAUGUUUACAGAACCCAUCUCAAUGUACAAAUGGGCUGUGAGCCUCUCCUUUAGCUCUGUAGGUCACCUGCACAAACUCAGACAGCAGGUUUUCCGUUUUACCAGUGAGUGUAGCUGCCGUGAAGGUGACUUGCUAAAUCUGAUCUCAGACCUUACUUUCUGUCGCCGUAUCACGCUCGUUGUGAAGAGUGAGGGAGUCAUUUUCAAUCUAGACCAGUCAUGCUUGCAAAAUCUCAGCAAGAAAACAAAUGUGCAUUACCUCUGUGUGGUUCAAGCUAAAAUCUUCUCACAUACAAGCUAUAUUGUUUUUUAAUCUUGAGUUUUUAUACAUUAAAUCAUUUUAAUCAUUAUAUGAAGAGCUCAUUAUAUACUAAAGUUGUGUGCUUUUAAUCCUGAAGAAGGGAAACUGCACGCUACUUGAGGGAAUUGUGACGUAAGCACUGCACUGAUGUAUGAAUCAUGGGAUAUGAUGUUUCUGAAUUUAAAUGUAUAAUAAAUGUACCUCUGCAUCAAA